AGCCUUGAGGUCACAGAGGGCCCUCCUGCCUCCCUUCAGCCAUGCCCUGGGGGGUGGGCAGCUGGGGGGAUGGUGCCCUGGGCCACGCUGGGCCUGGUGGCCCUGAAUGUGGCUCUUUUCUUCUUCCCCAUCCAGCCCCCGAGGGCUGCCUGCCUGAGUGUGCAGACAGUAUGGGUUCAGGGCCAGUGGCAGCGAAUCCUCCUGGCCCCCUUCCACCACCUCAGCUUCAGCCACUUGCUGCUGAACAUGGCCACCCUCUUCUGGCUGGGCAGGGGGAUGGAGGUGGAAGUGGGCUCCCUGCGGACCGGCACCGUGCUCACCUCCCUGGCGCUGCUGGGCGGAGUCCUGCACCUGGCACUCAACAAGGUCCUGGAGGCAGCCACGGGACACCCCUGGUACCGAGAACACUGCGCUGUGGGCUUCUCAGGGGUCCUCUUCUCCCUGGAAGCCAUGGGCAGGCAUGUGGAACUUGUCCCCGUCGCCACGCUGGCCACUGGCGGCAUCAUCACCACGACCAGGUGGCUCUGCCUCCUGGAAUGGUUGGCCCUUGCUGUCGUUCAUCCCAGGAGCUCCAUCACCGGCCAUCUCUCCGGGAUCCUGGCCGGGCUGGCCCUUUCGGCGCUCCUCUUCCUCCUGGAGCUCCCGUGACGCUUGAGCAGCCGCCGCCCGAGGCGUGAAGGGCAGCCCCACCGCUCGGCUCGCGCUCCAGCCCCCCCCUCCCUUCCAAAAGCUGUUCUGAAACCCAA